AUGCGCAGCCGCGAUGACGUCGGCACCUGGAGGAGCUGAAGUCAGCGCAGAAGCAACGGAGAAGCAGCGCAGCUCACGAGCGACGUCUCCCGGCCGGACUCAGGCUCUUCGCUGGAGCGGAACACGGCGCACCUCGUGCCGGCUUCGUGCAUGAGUCUGACGCGGAGCGCGUGAGGUGCGUGGCGGCAUGACUGUUCCCAUGCUGAAGAUCGGCGCGGUGCUCAGCACCAUGGCCAUGGUCACCAACUGGAUGUCCCAGACGCUGCCCUCCCUGGCGGGUCUCAACGCAACCCUCGGGUCCCCGGACGGAACCCACCAGCGCAUCAUCAGCGGCUUGCACCCGGGAGCGGGCGAGGCGUGGCAGGUCUUCAGCUCCGACCCUGACGGCAGGUGCGUGUGCACGGUCCUGGCGCCCUCGCGGGACCUCUGCAGACGAGAGCCGCGCGGCCCACACCUGCGUCUGCUGGUGGAGCAGGUGCAGAACGUGAGUCAGUCCAUGGAGGUCGUGGACUUGAGGACAUCCAGAGACCUGCAGUACGUGAGAGACUCGGAGCCGUUACUGAGAGGAGUCGCCGGGCGAGUCCACACACUGGUGUCCAACCCUGGAGCUCUGAGCAGCCGGGGCCUGCGGGAGCUGAGGGGCCAGAUGACCCAGCUGCGCCCCCUGCUGGCUGUGGUGGCUCAGUACCGGCUGGAGCUCCGAGCCUUGGCCUCUCUGCGCCAGGAGCUGCUUCACCUGUCCGUCAGCCUGACGGCCCUCCAGGAGGAGGCGGGGCCACGUGGCGACGAGGAGGCGCUGCAGCGGCGGCUGCUGCUGCUGGAGACGCGGCUGCGCGGCUGCAUCCACCAGCUGGGCUGCGGCCGGCUGACGGCCAUCGGCGAGCCGCGCACUGUGAGGACCGCCGGCUCCCGCUUCGGCUCCUGGAUGACGGACGCCAUGAUGCCCAGCGCCGACGGCAGGGUGUGGUCCAUGGACGGCUUCUCCAAGGGUCGGCGGGUGCUGGAGUUCAGAAGCAUGGAGGACUUCUGCCGGGGGCAGAACUUCGUGCAGCACCUGCUGCCUCAGGCCUGGACGGGGACGGGCCACGUGGUCUACAACGGCUCGCUCUACUACAACAAGCACGGCAGCGACGUCCUGGUCCGGUACCACCUGCGCUCCCGCAGCCUGCUCCUGCAGCGCCGGCUGAGCGGCGCCGGCUACAACAACACCUUCCCCUACAGCUGGGGCGGCGGCUCCGACAUCGACCUGAUGGCCGACGAGCUGGGCCUCUGGGCCGUCUACACCUCCGUGGCCAACGGCGGGAACAUCCUGGUGAGGCCCGCGCCCCGCUCAGGUGAUCAGGUGCGCUCAGCGCUGCCGCCCGUCCUGCAGGUCAGCCGCCUGGACCCGCUCUCGCUGGACGUCCUGAGGAGCUGGGACACCGGCUUCCCCAAGCGCCGCGCCGGCGAGGCCUUCAUGAUCUGCGGCACGCUCUACGUCACCGACUCCCACCUGUCCGGCGCCAAGGUCCACUUCGCCUUCCACACCGACUCGUCCAGCUAUGAGUACAGCGACGUCCACUUCCACAACCAGUACGCCCACAUCAGCAUGCUGGACUACAACCCGCGCCACAGGGCGCUCUACGCCUGGAACAACGGCCACCAGGUGCUCUACGACGUCACGCUCUCCCACCAGGUCCCGGAGCCGGCGGCGCUUCAGUGAUGCGCCGA